AUGUCAGAACCUCUUCUUAGCAGAGAAGGUUCUAUUCAUAUCUUGUACAUUUCCAUUGACAUUGAUUCCUCUUUAGGGCACACCCAUGUGGCAGAGGCACUUAAAAUUCCAGUUCAUGUUUUUUUCACAAUGCCAUGGACGCCAACUACUGAAUUUCCACACCCUCUGUCACGUGUAAAGCAACAGGCUGGUUAUAGGCUUUCAUAUCAAAUAGUUGACUCUUUAAUUUGGCUCGGAAUACGGGACAUGAUUAAUGAUCUUAGGAAGAAAAAGUUGAAGCUACGACCGGUCACAUAUUUAAGUGGCUCACAAGGCUCUGAAACUGAUGUUCCACAUGCAUAUAUAUGGAGUCCUCAUCUUGUUCCUAAACCAAAAGAUUGGGGACCAAAAAUUGAUGUAGUAGGAUUUUGCUUUCUUGAUCUUGCGUCAAACUAUGAACCACCUGAGUCCCUGGUAAAAUGGCUUGAAGAUGGUGACAAUCCUAUUUACAUUGGAUUUGGUAGCCUGGUCAUUGCUUGA